AAGUGGCCAUAAGCAUGGUUGGGUAUGAUGAACAUAAACACAAUGACUAAUUAAUUGUCUAAUAAGAACCCGUACGUCGUCCAAUAAGAAUCCAUACGUGCAGGUCGGAUUUCAAAGUACAGGGGUGUCGGUGGUAAUGCUAGUCGAAUCGAUAUAAGCCAAGAAUUUUGUUUGAAAUACAUAGUUUUUGAGGAAGCUCAAUUACAAUAAAUCAUAUAACAGGAUGAAGCUGCCAGCCAUUUCCUGCAUCUGGUCAAUCUUAAUUGUUUGCGGAAUAUUUGAAGCGCAGGCGCAAUUAAAUUUGGACAAUCUCGAUCUGCAAAAUCAAUUUACCGAUGAUUUGUUAAAAUCCAAUAUUAGCUACAACCAAGUGAAAGAAGUAUUCCGCAGGAAAUGCAUAGAAGUAUCCGGCGAAGAGCUUGGUGACCAGGCCUACAAUAAUAUUGAGUCCGGCUUCUUUAAACUCAGCGAAUGCAUCAACAAUAUUGUCAAUUACACGACAAUGAAACAAGAAAUUCAGACCGCACGUCCUCUUGGUGAGUUGGAUGUGGUGUUCAAUAAGUAUUGCAAGCAGCGCUCGAAUGCCACCAAUUGCUUUGAAACAUUCUCGAAUAAAUUGUUGCCAUGCCUGGACAAGGAAGAGCAGGAGAGCCAUGAUGUUAUGACACGUAUUGUGCAGAGUUUGCUGAACUUUGUGUGCCACAAGGAUGGGGACCAAAUCGCUCUAUUUAUCGCCGAGCAGGGAUUCGAGUGCCUUGAGUCACAAAAGGACAAUAUCCAGCAGUGCCUAAACAGCACCUUUUCUACGUAUUUCAAUGAUGCAGAUAUGCACGACAGCAAUCAGAUCAAAACAAUACCCAAACUAGUCGUGGGCCAGAAGCAGUGCAGUGAUAUUAAAACGUUGGAAAACUGUGUUGUUCGUCAUUUGGAGCACUGCUCGGAAAUAACACCGGCAAAUCUCAUAGAGUCAAUGUUCAACUUUAUCAGAAACGAGACUCUGUGCCGCAACUUUCAGCAAAUGGCCUUAACUGCCGGUGCCAAGACGCUGGCUAAUACUCAUGCUACACUAAACAUUCCAAUCUAUACUCUCUUCGGAUUUAUCCUAUUUAGUAUGUAUGAAUUGAAGUGAUUUUCGUCAACUGCAUUCUCAGUUAAUCUUAAAAACGGUGUAUGCUCCAUAAUGAUACAAAAUUAACUUUGCCGUGUUCAUCGUUCUAAUCUCUUACUCAAUUCGCUACUCAUUAAAAAAAAAAAAACAAAAAAAAAAGAGAAAGAUAGAGCGAAAGCGAAACAGUAAAUUGCAAGACACGGCCCUUUUGCAAUCUGGUGCAAAUAUUUGGAAAUCUCAAAUCUCGAAUUAUUACUCUAUAAAUAUCUUCUUAUGUACGUGAAUAGUUUUGUUUGCGUAGUUUCUUUAUUUUUUGUUUUUGGUUUUCUUUUUGAACAAUAAGAGAAAAGUAUUAGCUCAUUUUCUUAUAACCUUUAUUAGUUAUAGGCAUGGUAUACACACUGUUAUUUAAUCUUUUAUUGUAAUCUCCUUUCCGAAGUCAAUUUAUACAACUCCCAACAACAACAAUAACAACAUAAAACACGGAAAUGUCAUACACCUAUACGAAAUAAAAUGAUGGGAUACAGGUUAAAAGUUUAUUAAUUUUGUAAAUGGAAACAAAAAUGUAUUAAAAAAAAAACGUGAAUAUAUAAACCAAGAAAUAUUAAAA